CGGCAGUGUCCGGGGAACAGUCGUCGUGAGCUUACGUAUCGAGCGAAAUCCCGAAACCGUCUUUUUUUUUUUAAUGAUAUGACAUUCUGAUAGUGUCUAGUUAACACUGGAAAAUCUCUCUAGAGAAAAAAGGGGAGAUAUUUGACGGAAAAUUGAAAGCUAAACUCCCAAGACAAGUGUAUAAGUGAUUGUGCCGAGUGGAAGUGAUAGGAUCGAGACAUCUUCAUAGGAUCGAACUCCACAAGGGACACAAGGAACGCCUCCGGAUCGUCUGUUAGAGGGACUUCGAGCGUCCUAGUCUAGAGUAUUGACCAGCAUGGAGGACCUACGAGCCUAGGGGUAGGACAAGGACCAAGAUACCCACUCUCCUGUCAACAUGGGGCCCACGCGGAGAGUGGGGGUGAUAACGGCACUGGCACUGGCAUGUUGGGGCUCGCGGCAGUCAGUCACGCAGAGGAAGCAGAAUACCAGUGUUUUAGCUUUGGGAGAGCCACCUACCCUGCAAAGGGAAGCCUUGACAAAAGUGAGCAACUGAGGGAUGAUGAACGCUGUCCAGGUAUUGGAUGCGCAGCUAUUAGACCAGUUGGGGAUAUCAACCGUGAAGUUGGCUCUUCCUAUGAAGCCUACUGCCUCUUUGACCCUAAACGGGUCAAUGUUAGCGAAGUGUACUUCCAGCAUUGGGGAGACGAUGUCCGGUUCAAGAUCCCACAUGAGGUGUUGAAUAAUUCAGCAAUCAAAGUGGUUGUUCAGCAUGAUGAAAUGAUAGAUUACAAAUUGAAGUGUAUGAUGACCUACAAGGAUGAAACAAAAUUUUUAUGCGAGAGGAAAGUCAACAUUGGAUAUCCACCACAGGAUGUUCAGAACAUGACAUGUAUUUCCAAAAACUGGGAACAGUUGAACUGUUCGUGGGUUGAGCCUCCAAAUCCAGUCAGGGUUCAAUACAUUUUAACUCAUUGCCCAAAGAAUCAGACUGGCAAGAAUUGGUGCUUUUGGGAGAAUUCAGAUUUUUCUCAAAGGGAUGAAUGGAUCCUCACAUUCACAGCACACAAUGCUUUAAAAUCAGGUGUUCAGUUUAAGCACAAUAUCAGUGUUUAUGAGACUGUGAUUCCAAAACCAGCUGAGGACCUGACUGCUCAUGUGGAAGGUCCCCACAGUGUAAAAUUAAGCUGGAAAUUACCGUACCCCAUAGACACAUUCCCAGGAAAAAUCAUACAGGAGGUUUCCUACAGAGAACGGCCAGAAAACAGCCCUCUUGAAGAGCUUGAGUGGCUUGUGGUUAGUGACGAGUUGAUUUUGCCACCUCUUUUUAGAAAGCUGACUUAUAACAAAACUGUAGAUAAUUUAUAUGCAUAUAUGCAAUAUGACUUCCGCGUAAGGCUUCACACUGGAACUGGGAAAGUACGUGAGCAUAUGUGGUCCGAUGCUGCUGUUACCACACAGGAAACUGACCCAAAAUUGCCUACAGCAAAGGUUCGAACAGACAUUGGUACUUUUGAAAUAGAGCAGAACGUCAAUUCCCGAGAUAUAUAUGUGAAUUGGCAGAAGAUAGAUUUUGUUUUCAAGAAUGGACCUGAUUUUCAUUAUGAAGUUAAUGUAUUUGAUGCCGAUAGUGGAAGACAAAUUAAUAAAACUGUAGGAGAAGUUGAAGUGCAUGAUGAUUAUGCAAAGUUCAUCAACAUGGAAAACAAUAUGAAGUUCAGGUUUGAGAUCACACCAGUGAACAGAGUAGGUCCGGGUGGUGACGAGACAAAGGCAACAGUUAUUGUGCCUGAGAAGAGUAAGGUUCUUACAUUUCCAAGUCGUUUCCAAGUCAUUGUCUACAAGGAUGGAAAUAGUACCAUCUAUGGGAUCAAGUGGAACAUCACAGAAGAGAAAAAUGAAAGCCAAAAAAUUGAGUCUGUGUCUAUUUACUGGUGCAAGAGGAGACAGUAUGAAGAGAGAUGUCUGGAUAAACUUGAUUGGGUCAGUGUAAACCCAAGACUAACAAUGAAGAAUAUCACAGAUUUAGAGAAAGAAACCAUGUACAUUUUUGGUAUAUCAGCCAACUCCAAUAAAUCCUCCAGCGGCAUAAAAUGGAUUACCUGUAUUGCUAGCCAUGGCAAUAAGCUACCUCCAAUUGAUUCGUUUGGUAUAACUGAAGUGUCUUCAACGGAAGCAGAACUAGAAUGGAAUCUUGGUUGUAAAGAUAGAUCAGCAGAUCCUACUGGUUUUAAUAUUUCAUACUGCAUUACUCCAAGAAAUGAGACUGAUUGCCGGAAAGAUUCUGACAUGCACUACAUAGCUGUGUCAGAUGCCAGUGCCUAUAGAAUCAACGUGACCUCAUUACUCCCAUAUACGCGUUAUAUCUUUAGUAUUGCUAGUCAGUCAGAACUUGGGAUGAGCAGGUGGAGCAAAAGUUUGAUAUUGGAGACAAGCCAGGACAAGCCCAGUGGACCACCGAGGAAUGUGAGAGUAAUAGACAAGGGUCAGGAAUGGAUCUAUCUGGCUUGGAAUCCACCCCAUCCUGAGGAACGGAAUGGUGUCAUUGUGACCUACAAAAUUAAAUCAGAACCGGCUGUGAAUAUAGAUUGGCCAGUGGCAAAAAAUAAUUCAGAAGUUAUGCAAUAUAAUAUCACUGGCUUGGAAGCAUAUACCCAAUACAAGUUCAAGAUCGUGGCAUGCACACAGAACCGAAAUUGUGGCAAUAGCUCUGUCACUUAUGAAACUAGAACAGGCAUUGGAGGUAUGUGUGAAUACUUCCCUUGUUUUCAACCAGGUCAAACAGCAGUCAGCCUCAGAGACCUUGGCAUCAACUGCACAGAACACAAUGAGAAAAUCCAAGUGGAAAUCCGAGCUAUGAGUCAGGAUUCUCGGUUGGAAGGACAGUGGAUGGAGAAGUCCAUGAAAUGCCCGAUACCAGGCACCAUGCAGUGGUGGCUGAUCCUCAUCAUCGCCGUUGUGUGUAUCAUCGCCACCGUCUUCCUCGUCGCCAUCGGCUCCUUUGGACAAAAGAAAGUGAAAUUGUUCUUGUUUGAGUGGAACCGUGAGCUGGAUCUACCUACGGGUCUCGGACCCAGCCUGCCCGCCCACGAUAACCUCCACUCCAACUACAAGAUCGUGCAGAACCAGGUCAUCGACGACUGGGGCGGAGCUGACACCAGGAUCCCGGUGAAGACAGCCACGCCCUUCUCGAACCCCGAGGAACAGGAGCUGAUACCAGACAAGGCCCGUCAGAGCCGCAAUCCAUCAGGGGACUCUGGCACUUCAGAGAACGAUCAGGUGGACUCCUCGGGGUGUUCGACUGGCAGUGAGUCGGACUCCUCCUCUGGCAGCCAUCGUGUUCCCCAGUCUUCGGACUCUGGGACUGGAACGGAGGUUGGCUUUCCACCUGAGUCCAAGAACUGGGAGUCAGGCUCUCUGAGGCUCCGAACCCCAGUUCCUCCAUAUGUCCGCCCAGGAUUGCCCCAAAAUAUUACUAGUGCGGGAUAUGUGUCUGUGUCUUCAGUGCCAAAUCUUCCAGUGGGGUCCAUGGAAGAUGGGCUGUCUCUUCAGCAGUCCACCUCCAGCCUAGCCUUGGGAACACCAUCUCACCAGCCUUUGGGAGCAAGGAGAGCCUCAACAGGUUACAUUAGUAUGCCUGACCAGGAUGCAGAAGGUGUAAACCUCCCCCUAGAGAUGUUAGGCAACGUCACCCUUCCGCAUGACAGUCGGCCAGGCGGCUUCCCAGUUUACUCUAGACAUAAUUUCCCUCUUAAGAAGAUGCCCACUUCUGAAAUGUCACCCUACAUGAAGACUGGAUCUUUGCAACGACUCAAUACUGGGUAUGUUGCAGUUGCGCAGCCGGAUGGAGGAGCAAGGGAUACCAUGUCGCAGGCUCAUGGCUACUAUGGAGGUGAAGAGCUUGGUGUCAUGAAGAGGCAGUCAUCCCUUUCAGCACUUCCACUUACUUAUAAUAAAUCUAUAAGUACACCAGAUGAAGAUUUACCCCCUGGUACAUAUUGCCGUGUAGGUGCUAGGGGCUCACCUGGCCCACCCCCAGGACCCUCCCCUGGGUAUGUAAGUAUCACGCAAGCCAUGCCAUCACAUGCUAUGUCUCAUCCUGUCAACACCACUUCACCCACAAACAAAUCUCCAUAUGUUACAUUUGCCAUGGCCAAGUCCAUGCCUUCACCCACCAAGGAGCCAGAAAAAGCUGGUGGGGGCUAUGUGUCUGUAGGAGACAUGGCUGAGGGCCGUUGGGCCAAUCCUGUGAUGUUGGCCCCAGAAGAUUUUGAAGAGAGUCGAGAGGUGAGCUCAGCACCGCUAGAAAGCACCCGGGGUCGGCCGACGUUAUCCACGCGGCCGAAUACAUCUGAGGCAACUAUUGCUCAUAACCGCGGGGCAAGAAGCUUCCCUCCUUUAGCGCCAUCACUCUCUAAACAAAGCUCAGGCUAUGUUUCUCAGGAUUCAUUGCCCUUCCAUGAUCCUGUAGUUAUGUCUCCCAAGAGGCUGCUGACCCAGAGCAAAGAGCCAUAUUCAGUGAUAAUGCCACCAGACCAUAAAGGAACUGCCGUGUGAGCAUGUAUCAUUUCUAGUGAAGUUUUACUCCAUUGUUGCAUAAGAAAUGUUUCAAGUCAGUCCACUGUUAUUCAAUAUAUUUGGCUUGAAGAACAUAUAGAAGUCAUAAAAUAAUUCAGUUAUGUGUAAGACUCUUCCUGAGGCAAAGCCCAAAGGCAAAGUUUCCUUUACUCUGAGAAACUUACUUAACAGACUUCCAUAAUACUGGAUAUUAAAUGAUAUAUGUAAAAGCACAUUUAUUGUGUGUUACCAAGUAUUUAUGAAUGCAGUGGUUCACUCAAUAUUCUGGAGCAUAAGAUGAUGAGAAGCAGCCAAUAUGUGCGUCUAUUAUUUUGUGUAGCAUUGUUAAUUGGGGGGGAGGAUUUUAGUGCAAAUCAUGGUGGUGUUACUAAUUCUUGAUCCCUCAGUUACCUACGUGGUACACCUUUAGAAAGUACAAAGAUAUGAUCCCGGUAGUGGUGUUUGCCCAGCAGUAUGUGAUGGUAUUAGUUAUGUUAAGUUGGUGUAUAUAUGGAUAGAGUUGUUAAACUGAAAAACAAAAACAGAAAAUAUGUGGUUUUCCCCAUUAAGAUAAAGAAGUCUUCAGAAGGCAAAAAUAAACUAUUCCAAUCUAUCUUGGGAUGUGGUGGAGAAAGAAAUCUCAAAAAAUACCAAAAUAAACACCUGAAAUUCAGAUCUUUUACUGAAAUUGUGUGUGAGAAUUGAGUUUCUGUUUGUUUUGUGAAUUGCUAGGACUGUGAUUUUACCCAGAAGUUUGCUGCUCACUUACUUUAAUGCUGUUAAAACAUGACAUUCUGGAAAUUAGUAGUGUAAUUCAAAUCAACAAGGAUAAAGUGUGGUGGCAAGGUUUUGGUUGGUUUACCAGCAAUGUGUCUGAUGUUACUAUUGCUUGUUGCUAUUCCCAGUGCAAUACCCACCAUAGGUCAUGAUGCCAUGUUGAAGUUAUUUUGAACCACGGGGAUAAUGAAAGAGCUUCAGAUGUUACCUCUAUACAGCUUGAUAUUUUUAUUUGUUUGGCAGAGAAAGCCAUAUAGAUGCCACAUCCCUUGACACAUAGAUGUUGAUUUUGUACAAAAAGGACUGUUACAGAGAAUUUACUUAUUAAUAGAAUCUCAAUACAAGCUUGCAGUUGGAUUGACCUCCACACUGCUAAGGCUCUGAAACAAAACAGAAGGUUAAGGGGCUCUGCUACAUGUUGGGAAAAGAAUGAUUGUUUUGAAGUUAUUCAGUGCUGGCUAUGUCUCUCCAGUUCUGUGCCAAGAUAUUGUUCAUGUGGUGAGAGUUCCAGAUACACACUUCCUAAUGCUCAAUACAUCUCAGUUUCAAUACUCAGUUUGCAUAUGUAAGGAGGAUCUGGAGCCAGUUGCUUCUUUCAGAUUGUGUAGCACUGUGUUUUAAAGGUAGUGGGUGAAUGGGUGUGAUGGCAACCUGUGGUAUAUAGGAGCACUUUUGCUUUUGCCAGACUUUGUAACAAUUUUAUUUCUGUUGAUUAUUUUAGUGAUUUUUUUUUUUCUUAUAAAUUUCCAGUAGAGAGGUGGGCUAAAAUAUUCCCAUGCAAAUAUAAAGUGAACAUUUGCAUAGGAAAAAUCCAAAAGAUCAGCAGCUUUGCCACCUAUAUACUCCACACCAUCUUGCUUUCCCCAUUAAUAUUAUGAAGAGAAGAGAUACGGAGGAUUAUUAUUUUGUUCAAGUUGAAAUCUUCCUAUCAGCAACAAGAGCAAAAACUCAAAAAAAAAUUUAAAAUUACAUCAUCAAAUCUCAAGAAUAAGAACUUCUUUUCCUAAUCUGAUGGAAAAUCAAGGGGUGAGCAGUAGACUCAACUACAUACUCAAACACAGUGAGAGUGAUCCUGUUGUGUUUUAGAAUGUUUAUUGCAUGUAUUAUACUUGUUAUCUGUUCAUGUAUGUUAACUUACCGCCCAAUACUUAUCACUUUGCCAUUAUUGUCCAUGCACCAUAAGAGCUUGUUUUUCACUGCACAUCCAUGAAAUCAAAAACAGUGUCCAAACUGGCUACUGUAUUCUUUGUGCUAUAGGUAGAUAUACAGGUCUUACAAACAAUUCUCAUAACCAAUCAGCGAAUGUGACUUGGAAAUUUACAUUUAAUGAAGAAUGUAGAUUCCACUACUCUGUGCUGAUAGGGUCAGGCAAGCCGUACCAUUGUAGAAGUUAACAUACUGUGUAUCUCUAAGAUACAGCAUUAAUGUCUGCUCAAGUUUAAGUAUCCCAGACACUUUAAUAGGGAAGAAUUUUAUGGAAAUGCAUUUGAUAAGAUUGAGUGAUAUAACUAUUUUGUUGAUAAUCUGUGAGACCGAGCGGUAUUUGUUAUUGAAAAGAGUUUGAGUUGAUUGAAAUGAAUUAUAGAAUACACAGGAAGAAGAAAUAUAUGAAUAGUUAUUAUAUUUACAAUAAUAUAUAUUCAUUUUGAAUAAUAUUGUAUUAUGACAUGAAGGUGAGAGUUUAUAAUUAUUCAGGAAGUUUUCAGAUGCCCAGCAAUACUAUCCAUGAGCUAGAAACAAGGCAGAAACUUAAAAAAAAGGGUAAUCAUUUUCUGUUUCAUCUUGUGUGAGUUUCAUCUUGAAGAUUCAUUUAUAUGCUGCUGGUCUCAUUUUGCCUUAGAGUACUGUGGUCAUGAAAGGUAUAAGACAUUUAAAAUAGGGGAUAUUGCAUGCAUGUUCUGCUUAUAUAUUCAUUUCAGAGAGAUAUAUAAAUUUUUUAUGAAUGCCCAUUGUCUUUUCCAGUUCAGUGAAAUAUGCUCUGUCAGCAAACUAAAAGUACCUAUUUGAAAAUUUAGAUAUGUAUGAAAAAUUUAUAUAGAUUAUAUAUACAUAGGAAGACUCUUGUGCUUUUUUGAGAUUUGAAGUACAUAACGUGCAUUGGAUAAAAUGAGAGAGAAAUUACGUUUCAUGGUUUAUUAUAAUUACUUUUUUUUUUAUCACGGUAUUCAUAGAUGGGAUUCUUAUCUCAGAGACAUUAUAGAACAAUCUAACUGUCUAGUCCUCAUAAAUAAACUUGUACAAAGUGAUUCUGAAGUGAAUGUUAAGGAGGUGUCAAGAUGUCAGCAAUUAUGAACAAUAUUCAAAAGCGUUAAUUGUCUUUGAAUGGUAAGAUGUUUGAGGGAACUUGAGGGAACCUGUCAAUAAAAUCUUGCUUAUUUAAAAGAUAUUUAGGUUUGGAUUUCCAAUGGCAAAACUCAUAAAUGAAAUGGCUUAAUUGUGCUUAAGAUUCAAAGUGUUUUAGUGAUCUUAUUAAUGAAUUAUCGGAAAGUUAAAGUUCCAUUUUGAUCUUGUAUUUGUGUAGGUUCAGAGUUGCUGGUUUUGUCACCUGUAAUUACUAAAGAAACUGCAUACAAAUAUUGACGAAUUAUAUGAGGUUGAGUAAUGCACUGAGGACACGAGACUGAGAGGUGAAUGUCUGUGCCAGUAUGUAAGUUGACAUCGAUGUUGAAGAUAUAUUUAAACCGCCCAUAAAUAUACUGAACCUUAUGUAAAACUUCAAAAUUUGUGCCAAAGUGACAUAUGGCGAAAAGGCAAGAGAUGCUUUUGUGUUGAUUGUUAAAUAUAUAUAGAUUAACUAAUACAGCAUUGUAGAUAUUUUUUAUGUAACAUUAAUUGGACUUUUAAUUUCAAAGUGUUCUUGUGAUAACUGUAUACAGUGUCUAAUGAAUUUUGUAAAUAUAUUUUCUGUCUGUGUAAUUAGUUCCAUGAUAUGAAGAUUACUUUUUUCAUCAUACAGAAACAAGAUUGAAGUCAAUUCCAUGAUCAAAUAGAUAAUUUAUUAUUCAGUGGAUUUUCUACUGCCCUCGUUGCCAUACUGUCACAAAGCUCUCGAGAAAUGUAUUGUUUAGUAUAUGAUAAAUUCAAUUGAAAGCAAGUCCCUCCCCAAAAGUGAUUUAUUUGUAAAGGCUCAUGCUAAGGUUUCUUUGGGUAACGUUUCCUGGCGCAACUAAAUUUCAAUUGUGGCCUUCAAGGUUUGUUCAGUUUCUGGAUCCAGCGAGGCGACGAUGCAGAAGACAUUUUCCUGACUAGCAUGAGCCAUAAAAGAAUCAUCCCAGACUUUCCCAUGUCUUCCUUUUUCUUCCUAAAGAACCUCAUUUCCCGUGAGAUUAUUGACCUAUCUGUUACCUUUAAGUACUUCGGUGGUAACUAUAUUAGGGUUACUAAAAAAAAAAAAAAGAAAAAAAAAGAGAGAAAAAAGAAAAAAGUAUGCCCUUUGACCGAAUGUCGCAAUCAAUUUCUUUGAGCUGUGUAUAUGAAAAUAUGACUUGUUCCCUGUUUGUGAAUAAUGACAUUUAGGCUUUAUUGAAAUCUAUUAUUUUAGGUCAAAGUCAUUGAUUGUUGAACAUACCAAUAUCCUCCUUUUGGAUUUGUGCUGUAGGAAGCCAAUGCAUUAACCUUGGCUAUUGGACAUACCAUGUUUGUGUGCAACAUACUCUUAGGGCUAAAUUGUAAUUAUUACACUGUAAACAGAAAACUUGUAUGUACAAAGACUGAACAUAUUUUAUUGGAGAAA